AACUCAAACUUCUCGAAACUAAUAAUAGCACAUUUCAAUAUACACACACAUUAUAGUACUACUAAACAAUCUUGUAUUAAUUAUUAUAUGGAAAACAAUUAUGUUGGUCAACGAGAACAACGGUUCUCCGUUGACCAAGUGUCUUAUAGAGGCAUUCGUCGGAGGAAAUGGGGUAAAUGGGUGUCAGAGAUCCGUGAACCCGGUAAGAAAACCCGGAUUUGGCUGGGGAGCUACGAGACGGCCGAGAUGGCCGCAGCGGCCUAUGAUGCUGCGGCUCUUUACCUCCGAGGACAUGGGACCAAUCUCAACUUUCCGGAGCUUGCUGACAGUUUCCCUCGGCCGGAGAGCUCUAGUUCCGAGCAUGUCCAAGCGGCUGCUCAGGAGGCAGCACUUAUGUUUAAACCAGGUGGGUCUACUGAACCAGCUCUCGAGUCGGGUCAAGGACUUUCUAGGGUCGGAUUGUCUCCGGAUCAGAUUCAGGCUAUUAAUGAGUUUCCAUUAGACUCGCCGAGGUUGGGGUGGAUGCAAGAUUUGGAAGUGACUGAUUACGAAGAGUUGUACGGAAGGUUUUUUGGUCAGUACGAUGAGUUUUUGGAAAUGCAGCAACUUCAAUCCAUAUGGGAUUGUAAUAGUAAUUGAUAUUUUAUUGCUUAACCAUUUGAUAUUUUUUAUAAUGUCAUAUCACCAACCAUUUAAGGUUCCGGUUUUUAUAAUGUAAUAUUUACAGACUAAUUAUUUAUUCCGUAAAGUAUAAUAAAUUUUCGACCCAUAA